GGCUACGGCAGCGCCUUCUUCCCGCGCAACCGCAGCCUGGAGGACCACCGCUUCGAGAACACGCCCGAGAUCGCCAUCCGCUCCCUGGACGCGCGCGGCGACCUGGCCAAGCUCUUCACCUUCGACCUCAACCCCUCCGACGACAACAUCCUGAAGAUCAAGCAGGGCGCCAAGGAGCAGCACAAGCUGGGCUUCGUGCGCGCCUUCCUGCACCCGCCCGAGCCGCCGCGGGGCGCCCCGUCCUACGCCUACCUGGCGCUCAACAGCGAGGCGCGCGCCGGCGACAAGGAGAGCCAGGCGCGGAGCCUGCUGGCGCGCAUCUGCCUGCCCCGCGGCGCGGGUGGCGACGCCAAGAAACUCACGGAGUCCUACAUCCAGCUGGGUUUGCAGUGCGGGGGCGGCGCGGGCCGCGGCGACCUCUACAGCCGCCUGGUGUCGGUCUUCCCGGCGCGCGAGCUGCUCUUUGCCGUCUUCGAGCGGCCCCAGGGGGCCCCCGCGGCCCGUGCUGCUCCCGGCUUCGUGGAGCCAGCCCCCGACGUGGUAGCGGUGCUGGACAGCGUGGUGCAGGGCACCGGGCCGGCCUGCGAGCGCAAGCGCAACAUCCAGCUGCAGCCGGAACAGCUGGACUGCGGGGCGGCCCACCUGCAGCACCCGCUGUCCAUCCUGAGGCCCCUGAAGGCCACCCCUGUGUUCCGGGCGCCAGGCCUCACCUCUGUGGCCGUGGCCAGCGUCAACAACUACACGGCCGUCUUCCUGGGCACGGCCAGCGGGAGACUUCUCAAGAUCAGCCUGAACGAGAGCAUGCAGGUGGUGAGCAGGCGUGGGGUGACGGCGGCCUACGGGGAGCCCGUGCACCACGUGAUGCAGUUCGACCCUGCGGACCCGGGGUACUUGUAUCUGAUGACGACCCACCAGAUGGCCAGGGUGAGGGUGGCGGCGUGUGACGUGUACUCCACCUGCGAGGACUGCGUGGGCGCGGCCGACGCCUACUGCGGCUGGUGCGCCCUGGAGACACGGUGCGCGUUGCAGCAGGACUGUGCCAACUCCAGCCAGCGACACUUCUGGACCAGCACCAGCGAGGGCCCGGGCCGCUGCCCAGCCAUGACCGUCCUGCCUGCAGAGAUCGACGUGCACCGGGAGUACCCCGGCAUGAUCCUGCAAAUCUCGGGCAGCCUGCCCAGCCUCAGCGGCAUGGAGAUGGCUUGUGACUACGGCAGGGGGAUCCUCACAGUGGCACGGGUGCCGGGCCCCGCCUACGGCCACCAGAUCGCCUACUGCAACCUGCUGCCCAGGGACCGGUUCCCGCCUUUCCCCCUGCACCAGGACCACGUGGUCGUCGAGAUGUCCGUGAGGGUCAACGGGCGGAGCAUCGUCAGGGCCAAUUUCACCAUCUACGACUGCAGCCGCAUCGGACAGGUGUACCCCCACACGGCCUGCACCAGCUGCCUGUCGGCGCAGUGGCCCUGUUUCUGGUGUACCCAGCAGCACACGUGCGUCUCCAACCAGUCGCAGUGCGAGGCCUCACCAAACCCCGCGAGCCCCCAAGAUUGCCCUCAGACCCUCCCCUCGCCCCUGGCACCCGUGCCCACGGGCGGCUCCCAGGACAUCCUGGUGCCCCUGGCCAAUGCUGCCUUCUUCCAGGGCACCGCCCUCGAGUGCAGCUUCGGGCCGGAAGAGAACUUCGAGGCCGUGUGGGUGAACAGCUCUGCCGUGAGCUGUAACCAAGUGGUGCUGCACACGACCCAGAAGAGCCAGGUGUUCCCGCUCCACCUCCAGCUGAAGGGGCGGCCACCCCGAUUCCUGGACAGCCCUGACCCCAUGACAGUGGAGGUCUACAACUGCGCCAUGGGCAGUCCUGACUGUUCCCAGUGUCUGGGUCGCGAGGAUCUGGGUCACCUGUGUGUGUGGAGUGACAGCUGCCGCCUGAGGGGGCCCCUGCAGCCCCUGCCCGGCGCCUGCCCCGCCCCCGAGAUCCGAGCGAUCGAGCCCCUGAGUGGCCCCUUGGACGGCGGGACUCUGCUGACCAUCCGCGGCAGGAACCUGGGCCGGCGGGGCAUUGCAGGACCGUGGGGGAGCCGUGGCCCGGGGAGCCCUGAGCCUGGUGCCAGGGCGGGACUGGUGGGGGAUGGUCGGGGCUCUUUAGCAAUGGACGGGUCAUUUCAGCCUCUUGCUGUGGGUGGUGCCAUUGGGCGUGCCUGGCAAGUGGGAGAGCGGGUGGUGGUCUAUGGAAUCGGGUCCUCAGACCUGCGGGGCACCGGGCAGGGGGCUCAGCCCAGCUGUGCCUGCCCAUCCCUGCUGACCGCAGCCGCCCGCCCUUCCAGGAUCGUGUGUGCCACAGGGCCAGCCCCAGAGGCCUUCUCGGAGGUGGUAACGGUGAACGCUUCCAAGGAGGGCAAGUCAAGGGAGCGCUUCUCCUACGUGCUGCCCCUGGUCCACUCCCUGGAGCCAGCCAUGGGCCCCAAGGCGGGGGGCACCCGGAUCACCAUCCACGGGAGUGAUCUGCAUGUGGGCUCCGAGCUCCAGGUCCUGGUGAACGACACAGACCCCUGCACGGACCUCGUGCGCGCGCCUGCCAACCUCACCUUCUGGUACAUGCAGAACCCGGUCAUCACGGCCAUCAGUCCCCGCCGCAGCCCCGUCAGCGGCGGCAGGACCAUCACGGUGGCGGGCGAGCGCUUCCACAUGGUGCAGCGGGUGUCCAUGGCAGUGCACCACAUCGGCCGGGAGCCCACGCUCUGCAAGGUCCUCAACUCCACCCUCAUCACCUGCCCGUCCCCCGGGGCCCUGAGCAACGCCUCGGCGCCCGUGGACUUCUUCAUCAACGGGCAGGCCUACGCGGACGAAGCGGCGGCAGCGGGGGCUCUGCUGGACCCCGAGGAGGCGCAGCGCAGCAGCAGGUUCAGCCUGGACUACCUCCCCAACCCGCAGUUCUCCACCGCCAAGAGGGAGAAGUGGAUCAAACACCACCCCGGGGAGCCCCUCACCCUGGUCAUCCACAAGGAGCAAGACAGCCUGGGGCUGCAGAGCCACGAGUACCGGGUCAGGAUCGGCCAAGUGGCCUGCGACAUCCAGAUCGUCUCGGACAGAGUCAUCCACUGCUCCGUCAACGAGUCCCUGGGCAUGGCCGAGGGUCAGCUGCCCAUCACGAUCCAGGUGGGGAAUUUCAACCAGACCAUCGCCACGCUGCAGCUGGGGGGCAGCGAGACAGCCAUUGUCGCGUCCAUCGUCAUCUGCAGCGUCCUGCUGGUGCUGUCCGUGGUGGCCCUGUUCGUCUUCUGCACCAAGAGCCGCCGGGCGGAGCGCUACUGGCAGAAGACGCUGUUGCAGAUGGAGGAGAUGGAGUCUCAGAUCCGGGAGGAGAUCCGCAAAGGUAGCUGGUGGGGCUCGGUGGGGCGCACGGGCUUCCUGUCUGAGCUGCACGGCAAGCUGGAGUACUACACCAGCGUCAUGAAGGAGCUGCUGGUCGACCUCGUCGACGCCUCGGCCGCCAAGAACCCCAAACUGAUGCUGCGGCGUACGGAGUCGGUGGUGGAGAAGAUGCUCACCAACUGGAUGUCCAUCUGCAUGUACAGCUGUCUGCGGGAGACGGUCGGGGAGCCGUUCUUCCUGCUCCUGUGCGCCAUCAAGCAGCAGGUCAACAAGGGCUCCAUCGACGCCAUCACCGGGAAGGCCCGCUACACCCUCAACGAGGAGUGGCUACUGCGGGAGAACAUCGAGGCCAAGCCCCGGAAUCUGAACGUGUCCUUCCAGGGCUGCGGCAUGGACUCGCUGAGCGUGCGGGCCAUGGACACCGACACGCUGACACAGGUCAAGGAGAAGAUCCUGGAUGCCUUCUGCAAGAACGUGCCGUACUCGCAGUGGCCGCGCGUCGAGGACGUGGACCUCGAGUGGUUCGCGUCCAGCACACAGAGCUACAUCCUGAGGGACCUGGAUGACACUUCGGUGGUGGAGGACGGCCGCAAGAAGCUCAACACCCUGGCCCACUACAAGAUCCCUGAGGGUGCCUCUCUGGCCAUGAGCCUCACAGACAAGAAGGACAACACGCUGGGCCGAGUGAAAGACUUGGACACAGAGAAGUAUUUCCAUUUGGUGCUCCCCACAGACUAGCUGGCGGAGCCCAAGAAGUCCCACCGGCAGAGCCACCGCAAGAAAGUGCUCCCUGAGAUCUACCUGACCCGCCUGCUGUCCACCAAGGGCACGCUGCAGAAGUUUCUGGACGACCUGUUCAAGGCCAUCCUGAGCAUCCGCGAGGACAAGCCCCCGCUGGCUGUCAAGUACUUCUUCGACUUCCUGGAGGAGCAGGCCGAGAAGAGGGGCAUCUCGGACCCCGACACCCUGCACAUCUGGAAGACCAACAGCCUUCCGCUCCGGUUCUGGGUGAACAUCCUGAAGAACCCGCAGUUCGUCUUCGACAUCGACAAGACGGACCACAUGGACGCCUGCCUGUCGGUCAUCGCACAGGCCUUCAUCGACGCCUGCUCCAUCUCCGACCUGCAGCUGGGCAGGGACUCGCCCACCAACAAGCUCCUGUACGCCAAGGAGAUCCCCGAGUACCGCAGGGCCGUGCAGCGCUACUACAAGCAGAUCCAGGACAUGACGCCGCUCAGCGAGCAGGAGAUGAACGCCCACCUGGCUGAGGAGUCGCGGAAAUACCAGAACGAGUUCAACACCAACGUGGCCAUGGCGGAGAUUUAUAAAUACGCCAAGAGGUAUCGCCCGCAGAUCAUGAGCGCCCUGGAGGCCAACCCCACGGCCCGGAGGAUGCAGCUGCAGCACAAGUUCGAGCAGGUGGUGGCGCUGAUGGAGGACAACAUCUACGAGUGCUACAGCGAGGCCUGAGGCCGAGGCCGGUCAGCUCCGCCGCUGGGAGAAGCCGCCACUGGCCACCGGCCUCCACGUCACCUGCUUCCCGGGCCUGCAGGAGAACUGAGCACGUGGACCGGGGCUGGGGGCGGGUGAGGCGCCCCUCUGAGCCAGGCAGAGGCGCCCCAGCCCCGGCCCCUGUGGACACUGCUGUUCCCUCCGUCCACCCAAGCUGAUCUCUGGGGUGGGAGGCUUGAAUGCCACAGUCAUGCCGGGGAGGCGGCCCCGUCCCCCAGCACGGCCUGGGCUGUGCCCACUAGGCGGCCCAGCACAGAUUGGAGACGGGGAGCCUGCUUGGCCCGGAGGCUGCAGGCCAGAACUACCUCAUCCGAGCGGUGAAGGGGAGGCCUCUUGGAUCCCGCCCUCGAAUGGUUUCUGCUUCAGCCACCAAAGCGUGGCCGUCUCCCGUGUGACCCUGGCCACGGGGUUGGAGUGGAGUGUCUAGGGUGGGCGGUGCCCACGGCUGGGGCGGGACGGAGGCUCUGCAGGCCUCCCUGAGCCAGGGAGGGCAGAGGACAGGGGGCAGGGGGAGGGGAUGGGGCGGGGGGGCUGGUCUCCAGGGCAGGGAGGUGAAGACGCACCGAGGCUGUAGCUGGGCUACCCGAUCUUGCUGGACGUGUUUCUAAGGACAGCACCUUUUGUCAUUUCGGUUUUUUUGUUUUUUAGAAAGCUUUUCUAUAUUAAAAACUUAAAACGCGCCAACUGUGAACAGCUGCCACCCAUGCAGAGGUCCCGGGGAGGGUCCCCAGGGGCUCCCGAUGUAACACUGGAAACAUGGCUCCAGGGGACCGCAGACCUGGCAGAGCCCCCUCUGUCCCCCGAGGACACGCCCAUCCUGGUCUCGUCCAGCCUCCUCACAGUUGGCCCAGCCAGUGCCAGGCUGGAGGGGGGGGGGACCCGAGGC